AUGCCCACGCCUACUUCGGUCGUGCCGUGGUUCUACACGCUCUUCUUCUUGUACAUUGAGCCCGUGGCGACGGCAGUUGGCGCAUACUAUGCCCACCUCGAUCAAUCCGCCUACAUGACCUUGACCAUGGAGAUGGCUCGUCCGGCCACCGCUGGCCUAUUGGGCGUCUCGAUGCAAGAGAGCAUUGUUCUCACUCAGCUCGCGAACAUGUAUUUCGUCUUUCUUACACAAAUACACAAGGCCUUGAACGAAGCAUUGGUCCUGCGAGCGACUACUGAUCGCCGCGUUUGGAGCAUUUUCCUCUUUGGACUGCUAGUUGCCGACUUUGGCCAUCUAUACAGCGUCAAAGCAGUCGGCUGGGACGUCUACUACCGUUUCUGGGCCUGGAACUCAAUAUACUGGGGCAAUCUAGGAUUCGUCUACAUUGGUGCCACAAUGCGCACUGCGUUUCUGCUUGGCCUCGGCCUUCCAUCAACCCCAACAAGCCGCGACAAGCUGAAGCCUUGA